AUGUCACUUGCCAACUCAUUUAGUGAUUUCUUCACUCAGAAAAUUGUUAAAAUACGAGGUGAUAUCGAAGAUGAACUCUUGAGUAAAAACAUAGAAAAUCCUAUACCUGAUGCUGAUUCAUGUCCUUAUGAAUUUCACACCUUCAGGGAGGUUGGAAAAGACGAAGUGCUCCAUUUAAUCCAACGUAUCGCAACUAAAUCCUGUUCUCUGGAUCCACUCCCGGUGGUCAUGCUAAAUCACUGUUUUAAAGACAUCUUACCCGUUGUAGUUAGAAUAAUCAACCUCUCCUUGGAAAGUGGUACAAUGCCUGACUCUUUGAAGAUUGCUGUUGUUCAACCGCUAUUAAAAAAGUACAAUCUUUCCUAUGAAGAAUUCUGCAGUUUUCGUCCAAUAUCAAAUCUGAAAUUUGUCUCGAAAUCUAUUGAGAAAGCAGUUGCUGUACAAUUAACUGAUUAUCUUACUGAAAAUCAUCUACAUGAGAAAUUCCAGUCUGCUUAUAAACCUUGUCAUAGUACUGAAACAGCGCUAUUGAGGGUUCAAAAUGAUAUCCUUCAAGCUCUAGAUAACGGUGAUUCUGUUAUUCUUGUCCUACUGGAUCUGUCGGCGGCUUUUGACACCGUGGAUCAUUUAAUGUUAUUAACAAGACUAUCGAAACGCUUUGGCAUAAGGGGUCGUGUGUUGGAUUGGCUUACCUCAUACCUUACAUCCAGGAAACUGUUUAUUCGUGUUGAGGGAACUGAUUCGUUAUUGAGUGAUCUUGAUUGUGGUGUACCUCAGGGAUCUGUGUUGGGUCCUCUGUUGUAUUCACUCUAUACUGCCCCUCUCGCGGAUGUGGCUAGGCGCCACAAUCUGCGCUUUCACUUUUUUUCUGAUGAUGGGCAACUUUACAUUGCAUUCAAAACGAAUGAUCGUGAUGAUUUAAUAUCAUCUAAGAUCCGUAUGGAGAAAUGUAUACUUGAAUUGGGAAACUGGUUGAUGUUGAAUAAAUUGAAACUAAAUAGUGGCAAAACGGAGCUUAUAUUAGUCCAUUCACGCUAUCAUCUGAUGCCUCCCUUAAAUUAUAUCAUGGUGGGAAAGGAAAAAAUUGUGCCAACUGUUUCAGCAAGAAAUCUGGGGGUGAUUUUUGAUGAGUGGAUCAGAUUGGGCGAACAUAUUAAUGGUAUCUGCAAGUCAGCUUACUACCAUAUUAGGGAUAUUUCAAGAAUUAAGAAGUAUCUACCUCGAAAUUGCUUAGAAAUAAUUAUUCAUGCAUUUAUAACUUCAAGACUGGAUUAUUGUAACUCCCUGUUGUAUGGUGUACCCAAAUAUUUGCUUCAGAAGCUUCAGAGAGUCCAAAAUACUGCAGCUCGUUUACUAACUGAUACUAAGAAAUCGGCGCAUAUCACCCCAGUUCUUAUCGAAUUGCAUUGGUUACCUGUCCAAUACCGUAUUCAAUUCAAGAUUAUACUUCUUGUCUACAAAGCUGUUAAUGAUCUUGCUCCAUCGUAUCUGAAGGAACUUAUGCUGUGUCGUACUUCGCAGCGUACUCUUCGAUCAAAUGGAAAUGAAUUGCUGCAGAUUCCUUAUUCUAGACUAAAGACAUACGGAGACAGAUCGUUCUGUGUUGCUGGACCAAGAUUGUGGAAUGAUUUACCUGUUCAUCUUCGGAUGUGUGAAUCAUUAACCAUUUUUAAGAAGUUUCUUAAAACAUAUCUUUUUAACUUGUUUUUAAAUAGUGUAUGAUGUAUUCUAUAGUUUUAACAGUCUUAACACUAGUUUUUAAGAUUGGAUUUUGUAUUACUGUAAAGCGCCUAGAAAAGUCUUGGUUUGUGCGCUAUAUAAAUGUUUAUUAUUAUUAUUAUUAUUAUUAUUAAGUCCUUGGUGGCUAGCAUCAGUCUCGAGUAUGAAUGGUUGCGAGAAGUCUGCAUAUCCCAAUACUGGUGCAGUUGUCAACAAAUGCUUAAGCCUAUCGAAGGCUUGUUGA